UAUAAAUUCGUGCUACAAGAACCGGCGAGCCAUAAACGAAUCGCUGGUGUCGCAUCGCUGACAUCGAGUGACUUUAAACCCCGCUCCUGCAAGCUUUUUAGCGUUCGUUUUGUUUGUGCCGUCUAAUUUUAAUUAACUACAAUGAGGGAAUGUAUCUCCGUUCAUAUUGGCCAAGCAGGUGUCCAGAUUGGAAACGCUUGCUGGGAAUUAUACUGCUUGGAACAUGGAAUUCAACCUGAUGGACAAAUGCCUUCAGAUAAAACUAUUGGUGGUGGAGAUGAUAGUUUUAAUACCUUCUUCUCGGAGACUGGAUCUGGAAAGCAUGUGCCCAGGGCUGUUUUUGUUGAUUUGGAACCAACUGUAGUCGACGAAGUACGUACAGGAACAUACCGCCAACUAUUUCACCCCGAACAACUUAUCACCGGAAAAGAAGAUGCUGCUAACAAUUAUGCCAGAGGCCAUUACACCAUUGGUAAAGAAAUCGUGGAUGUCGUUUUGGAUAGAAUUAGGAAACUGGCUGACCAAUGUACUGGAUUACAGGGAUUUUUAGUCUUCCAUUCCUUUGGAGGUGGCACUGGUUCCGGAUUCACGAGUCUUUUAAUGGAGCGUCUCAGCGUGGAUUAUGGCAAAAAAUCAAAACUAGAAUUUUCCAUUUACCCUGCCCCACAAGUAUCAACUGCAGUAGUCGAGCCAUACAACUCCAUUCUGACAACCCAUACAACAUUAGAACAUUCGGAUUGUGCUUUUAUGGUGGAUAAUGAAGCCAUUUAUGACAUUUGCAGGAGAAAUCUAGAUAUUGAGAGACCAACCUACACCAAUUUAAAUAGGUUAAUUGGACAGAUUGUAUCAUCUAUAACAGCUUCUUUACGUUUCGACGGAGCUUUAAACGUAGAUUUAACAGAGUUCCAAACUAAUUUGGUUCCAUAUCCAAGAAUUCACUUCCCAUUGGCCACGUAUGCCCCAGUGAUAUCAGCAGAAAAGGCUUAUCACGAACAACUUACUGUAGCUGAGAUUACAAAUGCUUGUUUCGAACCGGCUAACCAAUUGGUGAAAUGUGAUCCCAGACAUGGAAAAUAUAUGGCUUGUUGCAUGUUAUAUAGAGGGGAUGUUGUUCCGAAAGAUGUUAACGCUGCCAUCGCUACCAUUAAGACCAAACGUACGAUCCAAUUUGUCGACUGGUGCCCUACUGGUUUUAAAGUUGGAAUUAAUUAUCAACCACCAACUGUUGUACCAGGUGGUGAUUUAGCUAAAGUUCAACGUGCAGUAUGUAUGUUGUCGAAUACAACAGCCAUUGCCGAAGCCUGGGCGAGAUUGGACCACAAAUUUGACCUAAUGUAUGCUAAGAGAGCUUUUGUUCACUGGUAUGUUGGAGAGGGUAUGGAAGAAGGUGAAUUCUCUGAGGCUCGUGAAGAUUUAGCUGCCUUGGAAAAGGAUUAUGAGGAGGUUGCCGUAGACUCUAUUGAAGGAGAGGCUGAUGAAGGUGAUGAAUAUUAAACUUUUUGGUAGUCCAAUUAACAUAUCACCAUUGUGCAUUUAUUACGAAUAAUAAAUAUUUGACUAUAGUUUUGACUGUCUACCAAAAAAUAUUUUUCAACUUAAUUUAUUACAAGAAUAUCUUUUAAGUUAUUUUAAAAGUUUUUACAUGUAAUUUUUAUACUAUGUUAUAAUAAUUUAUUUUCAUCAAUUUUUUUAUUUAUUUAUACAUUUGUAUUGCUUACUAUAUUGAGUGCCUAAGAUUUUAUUGAAUUCUGCAUUAAAAGCUUUAUUAACGUAAAUAGAUUUUUUAUAAAUUUUUAAAAGCACUAAGCGAAAUACAGGUUAUUAAUAGCUA